AUGAGCUGGCGGUUGCGGCACUGGCGGGAGGCUGCGACGCUGCUGCUGGCGGCAGGCGGGCCGAGCGCGUGUCCCCCUCGGCCCACGGCAGCGGGCGCCUUCGACUACGAGCUGCUCCUGCUGCGGCGGAGCCCGCGGAGCGCCUUCCUGCCCAGCGCCCACGUCUUCCCGGGCGGCGUGGCGGACGCGGCCGACUUCUCGUCCGACUGGCUGCAGCUGCUGCCGGGCGGGCCGCGCUGCGGGCUGGGCUCGGUGCGGGGCGAGUGCCCGAGGGCGCCGCUCUUCGCCGCCGAGCGCCCGGAGCUGGGCUCGCCGCUGCCGGGAGACGUGGCCUUCCGCCUCUGCGCCAUCCGCGAGGCCUUCGAGGAAGCCGGAGUCCUCUUGGUGCUGCCCGGCCCGGUAGCUGAUGCCGCCACGGCCGCCACCACGGGCCCGGCCCGCCUGCUGCCAACCGAGCGCCUCCCGCCGUCCUCGGAGCUGGCUGAGUGGCGGCUGCGGGUGCAGCGGCAGCCCGGCAGCUUCUUGCAGCUGUGCCGCCACCUGAGCUGCGUGCCCAACAUCUGGGCGCUGCAAGAGUGGAGCAACUGGCUGACCCCCGUGGGCCGCGCGGGGCGAGGCGGCCGCCGCUACGACACAGCCUUCUACCUCUGCUGCCUCGGGCAGGCGCCGCCGGUCGCCUCGCACGACGACGGGGAGGUGACGGCCUGCCAGUGGUCAACGCCCUCAGAAGCUGUUGAACUCUUUAAGUCCCAAGACAUCUCGAUAGCACCACCUCAAUUUUAUGAAUUCUGCAGGCUCUGCAAUUUCACAUCACUUCAUGAUCUGCAUAGGUUUGCCUCUGAACGAGCCUUAGAAGGAUGUGAGCGUUGGAUGCCAGUUCUGAUGAUUGCUUCAGAUGGCCAUAUGCAGAUUUUACCAGGUGAUGAGCUAUAUCCAGAAGAUCCCGAUUUUACAGGAGAAAGAAAACCAAUGUUGAUGACAGAUAAAAAGAUUGAAGAUCUAAUGAAAGGCGCCAGUAGACUUCACCGGAUAGUGACACAAGACCAUAAUAAUGUUAAUAUCUAUGUGAAUAUCCAGCCCAAAUAUAAACACAUCAAUCCAAUAACAAUGGACUUUAAAAGGGGUAAUAAUGCAGAUUGCAAUAGUAAAUUAUAAUAUUUUAAAAAUAGUUUAUAUAUUUUUAUAUCUACCAACGCAACGGCAGUUCCUGAAUAAGCUGCCCUGGGAGCUUCACAUCUUGCUAAGCAACAUGUAUUUCAAACGUAGCUGGAAUUAAUACAUUCUUGUGCCACUUUAUCUACAUCAAGCCUUGUGUAAAUGAUUUAGGCUUUCGUUUGUGUACCACAGUAAUUAUUUCCCUGGCUAAAAUUUUGUGCAAAUGUGCCAAUUCUGGGGUGGACAUCUGUCUGCUAAGAACUUGACCUUAAUCUACACAUUUAUGGAUUUAAGGCACUGAAUAGGCAGUGGAGCAAUAGUUACCCAUGGCUACCAAAGACCAUUUGUCAGUAUUGGGAUAAACUGGUCCUUUAUCAAUAUAAUUCAGUGUCUUGAACUAUUCUGCUUUUCUCAUUAAAAUGUGGAGACACUAUGGAUGUUUACUCAAAAGUGAUGCUCUAAUUAGCUGGGAUUCAAAAUGGCAGUUUAGGAUUGCAGCUUUACAUGAGCAUAAGUUCUGUAAAUUCAAUCAAUAGUGAUUAUUUUAAAAAUAUUCAGAAGCUCUGCUUUUGGAAGGCACUUUUCUAGACACACUAAUUUGCUAGUGCUGUCUAACAGCAAUAGAAUUAAUUCCAUUGUAUGGUUGGGUUUUCAGUUUUUAUAUUUCAGAACGUCAACUGAUGUGCAUUUAAAUUAGCAUUUAAAACGCCAAAUUGUAAUUUAUUUUUAGAAUUUAUUUUAAAAAUAAAUAUUUAUUUUUAGCAACA